UUCAAGUCUAUAGCUGUGGGAAGCAGAGCCUGUGUCUUAUUUCUUCAUACCCUUCUCUGGUUGUUGAUGUGCAGUGAUACUUGCAACGGGGUCGAAAGUGAUAUUCAAUGCUUGAGAGACCUAAAAGCAUCACUGACCGACCCCAACGGUUCCCUCUCCUCGUGGGUUUUUGACAACACGACAGAAGGGUUCAUCUGUAAAUUCGUCGGCAUCGAAUGCCAGUAUCCUGAUGAAAGCAAGGUCCACAACAUACGCCUCUUGAACAUGGGCCUCAAAGGCCGAUUCCCUUUGGCUCUCAAGAACUGCACGAGCAUGAGGGUAUUGGAUCUAUCAAACAAUGAGCUCUCCGGCACCCUUCCUCCUGACAUCGGUGAAAUAAUACCAUACGUGAAAAUCCUUGACCUCUCCUAUAACAAUUUCAGGGGUGAUAUUCCGGCAACCAUUGUCAAUUGUAACUUCCUGAAUUCGCUUAGUCUCCAAAACAAUCGGUUGACGGGUCAGAUCCCCUGGCUGCUUGGCCGGCUUCAUGGGCUAUCCAUGUUGAAUGUCUCAGACAAUUCAUUGUCAGGAGAAAUUCCUCCCUUUACUGCAUUAUGGAUGCCCUCAAGCUUUGCGAAUAAUGCAGGACUUUGUGGGUGGUCUUUGGAUGCUUGUAAAGAAUCUGCUCUGAAAACGUCACAUAUCAAGGUCAUCAUCGCCGUUACAGUUGGCCCGAUAUUACUUGUAGUUAUAGUUUUCAGUGCUAUUUUCUUAUUCAGUUUCCAUAGAAUAUCUAACAAGAAGAAUAAAGAAGACGAAGAGUUGGUAGCAAGCAAGGGGAUGAAGAGUAUUGAAGGAACCAAAGACAUCAAGUCACAACGUACUCCUCGAAGGUAUUGCAAUGUCCACUUCUCCAUUUUCGAGAAGACGGUUCCGAAAAUGAGGUUGACCAAUCUACUGAAAACCACUCAAAAUUUCAGCGAAAACAGCAUUAUCAGAUCCGGCAGAGCAGGCAUCAUGUACAAGGCGAUGCUUCUUGAUGGAUCUUCCCUUGCAAUUAGGAGGCUUCAUGAUUCUGAAUAUUCCCACAAGGAAUUCAUGUCUGAGAUGACCAUGCUGGGUUCCCUAAAACACCGUAACGUGGUUCCUCUUCUGGGUUUUUGCAUUGCCAGAAAUGAGAGGCUUCUAGUAUACAAGUACAUGCCCAAAGGAACUCUUUAUCAGCAGCUACAUGAGAGACACAUGGAAUGGCCUCUGCGGCUGAAAAUUGCAAUUGGGGUGGCGAGAGGCCUUGCAUGGCUUCACCACCAAUGCGAUCCUUGCAUAAUUCACCGCAAGAUAAGCUCCAAACGCAUCCUCUUGGAUGAAGAUUACGAGCCAAAAAUAUCCAAAUUCAGAUCCGUCGGGCUUAUGCAUCCGCUCGGCACCCAUCUGAGUGUUCAUGUAAAUGUCAAAUAUGAUGAUAUGGGUUUGGUUGCUCCCGAAUUCACAAACAAGGUUGUGGCCAGUCGAGCUGGGGAUGUAUACAGCUUUGGUGUGGUGCUGCUCGAGCUGAUUACGGGCCAAAAGCCUACAAAAGUGGCGAAUGCCCCAAAAGGCUUCAAGGGGAAUCUGGUGGAGUGGAUUACUUACCUUAAAAACAAGUCUCUUCUUAGCCAUGCCUUCGACAGGUCUUUGAUAGGAAAGGGUAGUGAUAACGAGCUUCUCCGAUUUCUAAGAGUUGCGGUUGCUUGCAUUGUGCUUGAUCCGGAGGAGAGGCCUAUGAUGCAUGCAGUUUACCAGCAUCUGCAAUCUAUUGGGAAGAGAUACCACAUCGCAGACGAAGAUGAGAUUGAACUGCCACAGGUGUGUAUUGAUAUGGAUCGCCCAGAUGAACUUAAUGUGAGGCAACAAAUACAGGAAGUUCAGCAGAAGGGUUUGAACAUGCAAAGAAUUGUAGUCGACAUCAUUUUAGUUCUUGAAAUAUGCAAUUUGAGGAAAUCUUCUUUUGUGUAUUGA